AUGCGUCUCUCGCCGUCGUGGUACCAGUUCCUGGUCGGCGUGUUCGCCUCCUUGGGUUCAUUCCUCUAUGGAUAUGAUCUCGGUGUUAUUGCAGAGGUCAUUGUGUGUGAUUCUUUCGUUUCCAAGUUUGCUGCCAACUCUACCCAGAGUGGCCUGGUUGUCUCCAUGUUCACCACCGGUGCCUUCUUCGGUGCCGGCUUCGCUGGUCCCAGUGGUGAUUACCUAGGUCGACGCAAGACCAUCUCCCUGGGUUGUCUGAUGUUCUGCUUGGGAGGUGCUCUCCAAACCGGUGCCCGGACUCUGCCCUAUCUAUACAGCGGUCGAUUCUUUGCUGGAUUUGGUGUCGGCUUCCUGACCAUGAUCAUUCCUUUGUACCAGGCUGAGAUCUGCCACCCCAAGAUCCGUGGCCGAGUCACCGCGCUGCAGCAGUUCAUGCUCGGUGUCGGCGCCUUGUGCGCGUCGUGGAUCUCCUACGGCACGUAUAUUGGUUUCUCCUCCGCCAACGAUGCUCAGUGGCAGGUUCCAUUGGGUAUCCAGAUCAUCCCUGCUGUUGGCCUGGGUCUGUUGAUCGUUGUUUUCCCCGAGUCUCCCCGUUGGUUGAUUGACCACAACCGCCCAGAUGAGGGCCUCAAGACCCUCGCCAAGCUUCACGCUCAUGGAAAUGAGCUGGAUCCCUGGGUGCAGGCCGAGUACGCCCAGAUUCAGGAGAGCAUCACCUUUGAGCACGAGAACGAGGCCAAGUCCUACGUCGAGCUGUUCACCAACCGGUCUUCCUUCCGACGACUCUUCCUCUGCUGUGCUAUCCAAGCUUCCGUCCAAAUGACCGGUGUCUCUGCCAUCCAAUACUACUCCGUCGACAUCUACAAGCAAAUCGGUAUCUCCGGCGAAGCCACCCUCCGCUACCAAGCCAUCAACUCCAUCAUCGCCCUCGUCGCCCAAUUCCUCUGCAUCCUCUUCAUCGACCGCUUCGGCCGUCGCUGGACCCUAAUCGGCGGCAACCUGGGCAACUGCACAACCUUCAUCAUCGCGACAAUCCUCCUCGCCAAAUUCCCACCUACCACAAUCAACAGCGGCGCCCACUGGGGCUUCAUCAUAAUGACCUGGCUCUACAACUUCUCCUUCUCCGCAACCUGCGGACCGCUGUCGUGGAUUAUCCCCGCCGAGGUCUUCGAUACCCGGACUCGAUCGAAGGGUGUUUCUAUCGCGACGGGUAUCUCGUUUGCGUUUAAUACGAUGAUCGGUCAGGUUACGCCUAUUGCGAUGGAGAAUAUUAAGUAUCGGUAUUACUUUUUGUUCGUGAUUUGCAAUUUCACGAAUGCUGUCUUCUUUUACUUCCUCUUGCCGGAGACGAAGAAGGUGCCGCUUGAGGAGAUGAAUUAUAUGUUCUCGCAUGCGCCGUGGUUUGUGCCGGGCAGUAAGAAGGAGGAUUAUUUGCCGCAUGAUUUGGAGAGGAAGGUUGAGGAGCAGGAGGUUAAGCAGAAUGCGGUGCAUUAUGAGUAG